GCCAGGAGGGCGUGGACUCACCCAGGGCAAUGACUAUCUCACCACGCAAGCGAACCAUGGUAGGACGGUUAAAGUCCCCUUCAAAAGGAAGGAAAAGGAAUUCUUCAGAUGAAUGGAGACCUGCAUCAAACUUCUCUUUCUCAGAAUCUUCUGUUGGGUCAAGGAGAUUCAUCAGUACAAGAACCUCCGCUGCUGCUACUGCUGCCAGUUCAGAUGACUUCAGACCCACAACAUCUCCAUCUCUUCCUUCAGAAUAUAGGCACUGUACCUCUGACGGCAGGGACCUCAGUCAGCUGCACUUGUUCUCUGAAUCUUUCUUCCAUAACCUGUCUACCCUGCUCACACUACAACUCUGUCAAUCAAAUCACUUGCUAUUCCCCAUGUCCUCUAACUUAUUUGCACAACUUAAACGCAGACAAAGUAUAAUGAUGAAGCGUUUAGAUCUGUCAGUAAGUCGCAUAAGCACAUCUCCAGCUUCCAGUGUACGAAAAACACGGAGGCAGUCUAUGGCACCUUUAGCAAGUAUGAAGGGGAGAGUGCAAAAGAAUCUUGAGAAGACCAAGUUACUAAUGUCAGCAGCUGAAAAGUCGAGUCCAGUGAACACUUUAAAGCCCAAACUGCCCCUGAGAAAGUCAUUGUCCACUAGACAUGCCGCCUCUGUGCCAGACAUGACAAAGAAGGAUGCAGUACGGGAUGUGAGUGAAGUUAAACUAAUCAAACAAACAUCCGUCCGUUCACCUGUCAGGCAAGGUUAUUACACUCGCUAUAGGUCCCUCAGAUCAUCUGGAAGCUUGCACUCUGAAGGAAAUAAAAAGAGAAAGGUUGAACUGGACGUCAUUGAUGAGUUUCAGUUGCAACCAUCGUCGAAGAGGAGGCGGCUUGGAUCAUCUCCCAGUAAAAAACGUGAGGUUUCUCAGAUAAGCUCUUCUUCGAAGCAUAUACAAGCAAAGGAUACAACUUUGUCAUCAAAACUUGAAAAGAAGGAAUCAAUUCAGUCAUUGAAAUUUGAGAAAAUUGAUCCUAUUCCAUUAUCAAAACAUAAGGAAAAGGAUGAAACCCAGUCACCUAUUCUUAAGAGAAAAAUUGAUUCAGACAAGUCACAUGAAGUUUGGAGAAACAAGGAUGCAAUCAAGUUGCCAAAGCGCACUAAAAAAAAUUAUGAAAUUCAGUCGCCAAGGCACACAGGAGCACAUGUUGCACGCAAGUCGUCAGAGUUAGCAAAAUGUGUAACCCAAUUACCAAAGCUGGCAAGUGCAAAUGAUACAAUGCAGUCCCCACAGACAAGAACAAGUACUGUAAUCCAGUCGUCAAAGACCACGAGAGCAAGUGCAGUAAUCCAGUCGUCAAAGACUACGAGAGCAAGUGCAGUAAUCCAGUCGUCAAAGACUACGAGAGCAAGUGCAGUAAUCCAGUCAUCAAAGACUACAAGAGCAAGUGCAAUAAUCCAGUCUCCAAAGCUGAAUAAAUCAAGUGAUGUAAUCCAGUCAUCAAAGACUGCAAGAGCAAGUGCAAUAAUCCAGUCUCCAAAGCUGAAUAAAUCAAGUGAUGUAAUCCAGUCACCAAAGCUGAAUAAAUCAACUGAUGUAAUCCAGUCACCAAAGCUGAAUAAAUCAACUGAUAAAAUCCAGCCACUGAAGCUGAUUAGAUCAAGUGACAAAAGCCGGUCACCAAAACUGACAAGAACACGUAAUGUGGUGCGGUCACCAAAACUGACAAGAACACGUAAUGUGGUGCGGUCACCAAAGCCAAUUAGAACAUGUGUUGUCAAGUCACCUGAGGUUAAAAUAAAAGUCAUUCAAUCACCAAAACUUAAAACAACUAAAGAUGCAAGUCAGACACCAAGACUUAAAACAAAGAACACAUUCAAAUUAUCCGAACAUAACAAAACAAAGGAUUGCAAGUCCAUCACCAAAGCCUGGUCAUCUCCUGUGUUACCAUCUGCACGCCUACAACUGCAACUCAUAAGACAAUCAUCUCCUUUGCGAACCACACGCAAAUCGAUGAAUGAACGUGUUAAACCUUUUACUCCCAACCCUGAUCCUUUGCCAAGUUAUGUCUUGAAGCAAACACUGAGGAAAAAGGUGGAUUAUGAAAUGGAGACUGUGACACAGGUUGAAGUGCACCAGUUGGAGAAUGGCAAGUGUGGCAACCCAAGUCAGAAAACUGGUGACAGCACAGAAUUAGUUGCGCCUUUAGUGGCUCCCAGUACUCCAUCCUCGACUCCAAACUUGCCUCCAACACCUAAAUCUUCACACGAACAUCGAACCUCACGUAUUAGCAGAUGGUGUGUGGAACCACGCAGAGCAAUUAAUGUGAGUGUGAUGCCUAAGGUCACUUCACUCUCAUCAGUAAUUGUAAAUGUGGAAUCAUCCGAGAACAUAGGCAAAGCGUCUUGUCAGCGCACUCUUUGCCCAGCAACUCCUCGAAGCAGCACGCCAAUUGAAGAGGACUUGAGAUUAGAUUGUUUAACAGUAGAUACCAUUGUGAAAGACUCAAACAAGAAGUCUGCAGCAUACACAUGCAUUGAGUCUGAAGUGAACACUUCAGUAGAGUCAAGAGCAGACACUUCAGUAGAGUCAAGAGCAGACACUUCAGUAGAGUCAAGAGCAGACACUUCGGUAGAGUCAAGAGCAGACACUUCAGUAGAGUCAAGAGCAGACACUUCAGUAGAGUCAAGAGCAGACACUUCGGUAGAGUCAGGAGAAGACACAUCUAUGGAGUCAGAAACAGACAUAUAUGUCGAGUCUUCUACCACUUUUAUUUCAGACGAUUACAAUGCAGUAAAAACUAUGAGUGACAGUGAGACCUUAUCACCACAAAGUAGGAAAAGCUACUGCAUGUUAAUGUAGAACUACCUGGGUUUAUAAAGUAUGGUAGGUUUUAUGUUAAUGUAGAACU